AUGUGCAGGAUGAGAGCGCAGUUGCGGGAGAUGGUGCGGCUGCGGCUGGACGCGGCGGCGGAGGAAAUCUGCGUGAUGUUCGAGGCGAUUUUAACCGAAUAUGACCGAGAAGUUCACAGACUCACCGAGAGGGGACCGGGAUCUGAGCCCCGGAAGAGUGGAGCAAAGGAGCCCGGGGGAGAGAGCCCCACUGCGGACACAGCUCCUGACCAUUACAGCUAUGACAUCUCCAGACCCACAGAGCCGGUCCAGACUGGUAUAGGCAGGUCCAGACCCUUUGAGGAGGUUCAGACCGGUCCAGACAGGUCCAGACCCAUGGAGCUGUUCAUCAAACAGGAGCCAGAGGAUCCAGAAGAACAGACUGAGAUCCUCCAGGUCAAGUUUCAGACCGGACCUCCGUCCCCAGGAGCAAUGGACCUCAGCACAGCACCACACGCUCUGGUAGAAGGCGUGAGGAGGAAGCCGCACAUUUGUCCCAUCUGCAGUAAAGCCUACAGCUGGAGAUCCCACCUGGAGAUCCACCUCCGCGUCCACACUGGAGAGAAACCUUUCGGUUGCUCAGUCUGCGGAAAACUGUUCUCCAAGAAAUUGUACUUGGUCACUCAUCUGAGACGGCACACAGGAGAGAAACCUUUCAGCUGUUCCAUCUGUCAUGAUCGCUUCAUCUCCAAGGACAGUGUGGUGAAGCACAUGAUGGUGCUGCACCCAUCGCUCUGUGCGUCGGAGCAGCGCGCCAAACACGUGUGCUCACAGUGCGCUAAAGUCUUCACAUCACGCUCUCACCUGGAGAUGCACCUGCGCGUGCACACCGGCGAGAAACCUUUCAGCUGUUCAGAGUGCGGGCAGAGCUUCAGUCAGAAGGCCACGCUGCUGGGUCAUAUGACGCGGCACACUGGUGAGAGGCCUUUCAGCUGUUCAGUCUGUGAGAAAACCUUCAGACAGAAGAACCACCUUCGGAAGCACUUCAACACACAUCUGCGGAGGCUGCAAAAAGACUCACAGGGCUCCUCACUGCAACAUGGUCCCUACUCCUCCUCACGGCUGGAGGGUUCCUCUUCCUCACAACUUCAGAGCUUCCCCUCCACACUGCAACAGCCCCCGUCCUCCUCUGUGCGGCUGGGGCCGGAACAGUUGCAGGUGCUUCAGGGAGACUCACCGCUGCAGGGUCCCUCACAGUUACUGGGUUCGUUCAGCGAAGAUUCGUUCGACUUUAGUGCUUAG